ACUUUCUUGUGCACUGUCUCUUUAAGUGAAACGCCGUGUGUGUGUGUGUGUGUGUGUGUGUGUGUGUGUGUGUGUGUUAUUGCUACAUCAUGUUAUUUUGCGAGAGCGCGCGUAUGCGCGCACACAUACACACAUACACACACCAGACGGAUACAGCCCACAAUCCUGGACUGCUGCUGUGUUUCUCAUCCUCGAGCUAGUGAAAAGAAAUGUUUGUGUUAUAUUUCACUGGCUUAUUUAAACACAGACUAUAGAGCUGACCGCUUAAGAGUUGUCUAUAUUCGUGGAAGUUUUUUUUUUGAAGGACUAAAUGCGGAUUUUUGUUCUAAAAAACAAGCUGAUCUUUAAACCAUGAUGACCGGAUAUCUAAGAGAAUAUGGGUUCAUUUGUAAUAUUAACCAAAAAAGUUUUUUAUGGGGCGUUUUUGCGCGCGUGUUUCGAAUGAAAUGUGGCUCGCGCAUGUCGGUAUUUGGGCGCGCGGUUAACAGGUGCAGCGCGCGCUCCUAGUGCUCACUUUCUCCGGUAUUACCGGACACCAGCUUUUAGUGCUGAUGGGCAACCACGUCGAUAAACUCGCGCAUCUCAGUUACGCCGAAGUCCCGACCGCGGAGCCGAACGGCACGGACGCCGAGGACGACGGCGCGCGCAUCGGCGUGUCCUACAUCUUCUCCACGGACGACGACGACACGUUGGCGGACGACAGGACAGACGAGAGGACGCCGCCGCCGCCGCAUGAGCUCGAAUGCGCCGUCUACCACACAGCCGCGUGCGUGUACGAGAGGCGCGCGCGCGACUUGCGCGCGCACUCCGCCGAGACGCUGAUGAGCAAGUUCGUGCCCGGGGACGUCCUGGAGUUCGUGGCCGCCGGCCAAAGUCCCCACUGGGCUGUGUACAUCGGCGACUUUCAGGUAGUGCAUCUGCACAGGGCGGAGGUGAAGUGCAGCUUCGUGAUGGAAGCGGGCCGCGGCAGACGCUGCCGGAUCGUUAACCACCUCUACAAGUACGAGCCGCUGAGCGCCGCCGCCGUGGUGCGAAACGCCACCGAGCACGUGGGCUUGAAGGAGCGCGAGCUGAGCUGGAGGAACUCGGAGUGCUUCGCCGCCUGGUGCAAGUUUGGCAAGCGGGAGUUCAAAAUGGGCGGAGAGCUGCGCAUCGGAAAGCAGCCGUACAAACUGAAGCUGCUUCUGGACGGCAGACAGGUGCACGAGCUCGAGUUUCAGAGUCUGGAGGACGCAAUCAUGGAGAGGAGACGCAGAGACAGGGUGGACAAACCGGCGGUGCUGAAUGAGCUGGAGGCACAGAGGUGAACGGAUGCAGGACCACAAUUAUGCAUUGCAUAUUCAGCGCUUUAUAAACCGCAUCACCUGUAUGUUCCACAUUGUUUUUUUUAUUGAAAGCCACCUAAAGUGUUUCCACAGGUCAUGAGUCCUGAUGGAUGUAAGUGGACAGAUAAAUAAAUAUCACGCGCCAGCAGUUUAUAUUCAUCUGCACUGUAAGACACUCUCUUUAACAACUCAGUUUAGUUUAUGUAGAGGAGACCAAGGAUGAUUUUUAACACUUUUUUGUUUAGUUUCAGUCUGUUUACAUAAAAACUCUCCGGAUACGACGUCUCGUUGUAAAAGUAAACGAAUUACCUUUUAAUACGUAACAUUUCUGGUGCAUAUGUUUUUUAAUUUCAUGUUCCCACUUUUGACUAAUGGCACAGACUCUGAACAGAUCAGACACACCUGUUUUGAAUAUGAUGUGGAGAGAAUAAAUGCAUACC